GAAGCGGUGGCUGAUGGCGGCCCUGUUGGGCGGCGGCGGGUUGGGGUUGGGGUUCGGUCUGCAACGGGCAGAGAUGUCGUCGUCGUCCUCGUCGUCGUCGGUGGUGGUGGAGGAGGAGGAGGAGAAGAAGAAGGAGGAGGAGGAGGAGGGGUCGGUCCCGGGGGAGGAGGAGCUGCUCCGGGGCUUCAUGUCCCGCCCGGUGACCGACCUGAAGCGGUUGACCCGGAGCCCCGGGGACCCGCGGGCCGCCAUGGAGCUGCUGAUCAUGGAGGUGCAGGGCGACGUGUGCCGGGCCCUGAGCCGACUGGAGGGCGGGAGGGCCUUCCGAGUGGACCGGUGGGAUCGGAAAGAAGGCGGCGGUGGCAUAAGCUGCGUGCUCCAGGAUGGAAAAGUGUUCGAGAAAGCCGGAGUCAACGUCUCGGUUGUGUUUGGUAACCUUUCGCAAGAAUCUGCUCAGCAGAUGAGAAGUCGGGGAAAGUCACUGAAAUCGAAAGAUGGCAAGCUGCCGUUCUGCGCAAUGGGAGUGAGUUCCGUGAUCCAUCCCAAGAACCCACACAUCCCCACCAUCCAUUUCAACUACCGAUACUUUGAGAUUGUGGAAGCAGACGGUAAGAAAGUUUGGUGGUUUGGUGGUGGUACUGACCUGACCCCCACCUACCUGGAUGAGGCUGAUGCUGUUCACUUUCACAAAACCCUGAAGGAGGCCUGCGACCAGCACAACCCAAAGUUUUACCCGGAUUUUAAAAAGUGGUGUGACGAUUACUUUGUGAUCAAGCACCGAGGGGAGCGGAGAGGUGUGGGCGGCAUCUUUUUCGAUGACUUGGACUCUUCCCCAAGAGAGGAGCUCCUCAGCUUUGUACGCAGCUGUGCCAAAGCCGUGGUUCCCUGUUACAUUCCCAUUGUGAAGAAACACCUGCAGGACCCCUUUACCCCGGAGGAAAAGGAGUGGCAGCAGCUUCGAAGAGGCAGGUACGUGGAAUUCAACCUGAUUUACGACCGAGGGACUAAGUUUGGCCUGGCAACUCCUGGAUCCAGGAUCGAGAGCAUCCUGAUGUCUCUGCCGCUCACGGCCAGGUGGGAAUACAUGAAAAAUCCUGCCAAGAACACGAGGGAAGCCAAGAUCCUGGAGGUGCUACGAACUCCCAAAGACUGGGUCCAUUAAUGGUGGCCUGCACUACACUGCACCAGACUAGAGUAAACCUCAACACAACCCACGUGUCUUCUUUGCUGCUGCAUUGUUUCGUAAAAUUACAAUGCGGGUGGUGGGGCGAUGGGGGGUGGGGGAUACUAAGCUCGAGUAUAAUUCAGCGUGUGAUGAUUGGGGGGUGAAGGGGGAAUCGUGUUAAGGGGAUCUGAUUUUUUUUUAAACCAUGCGUCCAGGUGCCUAAUAGGAAUAUACGUUUUAUUGUAAAUUACGCCAGGUUUAUAACGGCGUCCGUCUUGUCUGCUGACUUUUGGCUGCAUUCCAAAGCAAUCCCAAAUUUGCAAACCCUGUGUGCGUAUGUGUGUUUUUUUGGGGGGCGCCUAAGUUGGCGAAUC